AUGUGCAUCGCUUUGCAAACAUUGAUCAGCUACCUGGGUCCGGCAGUUACAAAUACAUCAGGGCACAGCUAUUGCACCAGGUUUCUGUACACGGUUGUGCCGAGUGAGAUGUAUGCCAGCGACACUCUGGAUACACUGUUGUAUGCAUUGUCCGAAGACCUAGAGAACCUCUACAAGGAAGGCCUCGAGGUGGCUUGUCAUAUUCUCGGUAUACAAUGCAACAUGUCAUGCAUAUAUUAUAAGACGUACUUAACCUAG